GUCAUGAGUAAAGUCACAACAUCUGUCGGAAUCAGCUGUCAUUCACGCGAAUUUUUCAAAUUUGUUCAGUUUUAUCCUGUUUUUAUUUAUAAAUAAACAGUUCCAUAAUCUUGUAUAAUGUUUAAUGUGAUUCGCUAUAUACUACUUUAAACAAUUGGCGUAAUAAACGUAUGAAAUUAUUAUUAAUAGAAGAUAAUUUUAUUACUGAAUAUCAGAUUAAGAAAGUGCGAGUUAAAUUGACUUAUAUAAAUAGAAUUAAUAAUGACGCUUUUAUUAAAAAGCGUUUGGCGGAAUGUGCUUAAAGGCAGCCCCCUCAGCAAAUCUUUACGAAGCAGAAGCCUCACUUCCAGUAUAGCAUCAGCAGAGGUGACGAGAGGAGGUUCCCCUGACGCCGUGAUGACCAGCAUCAUGGCGGCUCCGUCAGCGGCGGAAGUGCUUGCGGCUGUCCACGAGAACAUGCCAGCUAUGACACACAAACACAUGCUGCAAGCACUGCGCUCUCUGUUUGAGCUACAGAAGUCUGGCAAUUUAGAAACGGAACCGGAAAAGCUGGUCAUGAAUCCACUGUUCGGUGUUUUAUGCCAGAACUUUAAGAAGCACGCGCGGGCGCUGGACGUCAGCGAGGCUAUUGAGGCCACGAAGGUGCUCUCUUACCUAAAGGUGCCUGCCGACUCCAUUGUGGUGCAGACCAUGCUGCAGAUCAUCAGGUGCUACAUCAACAUGAUCAAUGUCAGGCAAAUCAUGUUUCUGGACUAUCUACUGACUAAAUUCGAUCGUUCCAACCAUUUGGUCGAUGCACUGAAGCUUGCUUUGCCUCUAGCCUUUCAAAUCCACUUGCCGCAUGAGAUUGACACCAAAGACCUGUUGCUGCUGAAGGACAUGCUGGCGUUUAGCUGCACACACGAUCUCCCAGACAGGUACAUCGAUGAGAUAGUGACGGGGCUGCUCCUCCACGACCAGACUAUAGACGCGCACGUCGCCAAGUCGAUCAUAUGGUCGCUGUGUCAAGUGAACUGUACGGAAGAGAAGUUCCCUACGAGAGUACAGCUACUGCAUAUUUGCUACGAUAUUCUAAUGCAGUCACUCGGCAAGCUCCGUUACGAUGAAAUAGUUAUGACAGCGGCCAGGAUCAAAGGACGGAUCCUGGAGAAACACCCGGAGUAUUACCACGAGCAGCUCAUGGACGCCAUCGCUAACAAUGCGGUGGAGAAUAAAGUUAGCUUCGAUAAGGGGCUGCUGGUGGCGCGGAUUAUGUCUAGGAUAGCUCACACACACCUAGGCCUCGUUAGCUACCUCUGCGAGCUAGCAGCAUCGAACCCCACCACAUUGUCGUCAGCGCGCACCAACAUCUUAUUCGGCUUCAUCAACUGUUUGUCGAACAAUAACUUCACGCCAGAUGACAAACAGUGGAACGAAAUCAAGCGACAGAUCUCCGAGAACCCAGCGUUUGAUGGGAAGAACGCCGCACUGCCCUGGACGAAGAUAUGCUUGGAGCUAGCGUCGCUGGGAUAUUAUGAUGACAAAAUACUACAGAAAGUGUUCUCCAAAGAGAAUGUCAGUGAAUUCUCGGAUAAGGAGAACAAUGUUCUGGACUAUCUGCAGCUGCUGACUCUGUACGAGGCAGUGCGGUCGUUCCAUAACGAGGAGUACACGCUGCCGCAAGAUCUGCAUGACAAGUUGAAGUCUGUGUACCCGAUCCACGGGAAAACCGAUGUGCUGGAAGAGCACCUGGCGGCCGGCCUCGGAGGUUCGGGGUACGUCGCCAAGAAUGUUGUGCUGCCUAAUGGAUUUAUCGCUGAUUGUUUGAUAUGUCUGAAGGGCGGCUACCCAAUCAAGUUCACAGUCGCUGCGGGAGACUUGAAAGUUCCGGUAGAAUACUUGAAUAUACGAAAAGACUGCGUACCGGUCUGCGUCCUGAACUUCCAACCAGGCUGCUUCUCAAUGAACAGCAACCGUCUUCGAGGGACAUUCCGUCUAGUGCUGGACAUCUUAGAGAAGCAGGGCUACGCGGCUGUCGCAGUGAACGUGAGCGAGUGGCUGUCUGCGCCUGCGCACGAGAGGAUCCCCUACCUCUUGCGCGAGGUGGGCUACAAGUGCGGGGAAAUAGGAAUGAAACUCACGGCCACCUGAAAUACAAUCGUGAAUUAGAUUUGAUAUUUUUUUUAUUGGUCGCCACUAGACAACAAAUUGUCUGUGAAUAAAUGACAUGUAUGUUACUUUUAAUUUUUGUUUUUGUUUUUUUUUUAUUCAUAAGGUAAACUAUUUUUUUUUCGAUAGAGAUAUUCUUUGUUGUAUGUUAAUGUGAUAGUGUCAUCUUCAUUGUACAUACCUACUAAUUACAUAGUAACCAAAGCGUAUAAUUUGGAACAUGUAUAAACUUUCUAUACAGUAUGCAACAGUAUGAAAUUCUUAAAAAUAAGGGGUUUUAAAACAUAAGGACAAUAAAUUAUUUAUACUGACA